CGCGCUCCCCAGGGUUUCGGGAAGUCCAGUUGAACGGUGUACAGUCCGUGUUGACUUGUCCACUCGCCCCGGGGGCUGGCGAUGUAUCGUCCGGCUGUGCGUACUAUCCCACGGGUCACUCACCUCUCCGUGUUGUGCCCGUGCCGUGCCCGCGGCUAGGGUCGGACCUGCGUCCCUCCCUGUGCCGCAGAGGGUCCCAGGGCCCCGAGGAGGCCCCAUGGCCCAGAUAAAUAGCCAGGACCCGGCGGCGGUACGGAGUUUUGUGUGGAGGUGCGGGCGCGGCAGCAUUCAGAGCAGUUCGCGGCGAGGAGGAGCGUUGGAAACACUCCCAGACCGCAGGAUAUUAGAUCAGCACAGAGAUGCUGCUGGUGUUAGCGCUCUGUCUCGGCCUGACGUCUGGAGGUCGUCUCAGCGGCUGCCUGCUGCCGACACCAUCGGCCGACUUGGCUGCCGCCGAGGUCAACCCCGCCGCUCCUGAGUUUACUCCUGAAGACCCCGGCAUCAACCCGGCAGACUCUGAGAUAAUCUCUGAGGAUACUGAGAUUAACCCUGCCGCCCCUCAGAUCAUCCCCUCCGGCCCUCAGAUCAUCCCCUCUGGCCCUCAGAUCAUCCCCUCCGGCACUCAGAUCAUCCCCUCCGGCCCUCCUACGGUCGCCGCCACCGGACUGAUCCCGCUCUCCCCAGCGGGUCUGUCCCAGGGCGCCGGGCGGCCGCCGCCGUUCCUCCCCGCGCCGGUGCCGGUACCGGUCCGCGCCCAGGAGGCCGGUCGGCGGACCUCCUUCUUCAGCUCUCUACCGGUCUCCGGCGGCGUCAGCGUGGGCUCGUUCUCCAGCGUGGGCAGCUUCCACGGCCCGCAGGGCGGCUUCCACAGCGCUCAGGGCGGCUUCCACGGCCCCCAGGGCAGCUUCCACAGCGCUCAGGGCGGCUUCCACAGCCCUCAGGGUGGCUUCGUUCAGCUGUCGGCGCCGCUGGUCGGACUGCAGGUGGGGUACAGCGGGGCGCACCUGUCGCCUCCGGCAGUGGUCUGCCUCAACUGGUGUCUGGACCCGACCGGCAACUACUUCUGCUGCCGAUACACAGGUGGCCAGUGCCCGCGGGUGCCGGACGUGUGCCAGACGGGGUCCGCGGUGAACCGGCUGCCCAACUGCGCCAGUGACGCCAGCUGCGGGUUCGGCUUCAAGUGCUGCUUCGACCGCUGCCAGGAGCAGUUCGUCUGCAAGGCGGCAGUCGCCGCGUGACGUCACCGGGGGCCGCGCUGUGACACUAUUGGUGGUUGUGUCGCGACGGCGGUAUUCUGACGUCACUAAUGGUGGCGUCAUUAAAAUGGCGACGGCAGCAAUGGCUCGUCUGCAUGGAACACUGCAAAUAUUGCCUUUCUGAUGUAGCUGUAAAAGUCCAAAUGUUUUAAAAAUAAAUGUCUGAAACAAA